CCCACUUUAUACAACCUUUUCUCACUUUCCAGAAUCCAGACCAUAACCCAACGCAGGAGUGCUGGGGAGCAGACGGAGGGGAAUGGCUAGUUCUAGAGCUCUCGCCCCUGCCAUUCUUGGCUCCAUGCGUUCACGUCUUCUCCCCCUCCAAUCUACCAUAGUAACAAAAAGAAUUUCGUCUCUUUCAUCAUAUUCUGCCUCAAACCUUGGUUUCUCUCCUUCCCUGCGACUGAGAAAAGCUAAACCAGCAAGAAAGUUUAUAAUUCGGGCUGCAAGAACAGAGUCCAAAGGGGUCUCACUGGGGUUCCGAGCUCCUGAGUUUGAGCUUCCAGAGCCUCUCACGGGGAAAAUUUGGAAACUUGAUGAUUUUGAGUCGUAUCCUGCUUUACUGGUUAUGUUUAUCUGCAAUCACUGCCCAUUUGUAAAACACUUGAAGAAAGACAUUGUGAAACUUACAAAUUUCUACAUGAAGAAAGGACUUGCAGUUAUUGCGAUCUCUUCAAAUUCUGUAGCUACUCACCCACAGGACGGACCAGAAUUCAUGGCAGAAGAAGCUAAAUUUUUUAAUUAUCCUUUUCCUUAUCUCUAUGAUGAGUCACAAGAGGUUGCAAGGGGUUUUGGAGCUGUAUGCACACCAGAAUUUUUCCUAUUUAAAAAGGAUGGUCGUAGGCCAUUUGGGCUGGUUUACCAUGGGCAGUUUGAUGAUUCACGGCCAAGUAACAACGUACAAGUUACAGGAAGGGAUUUAAGCCUUGCAAUAGAUUGUGUUCUCAGUGGCCAACCAUUACCAUCAGUGCAGAAACCAAGUGUUGGAUGCAGUAUAAAGUGGCAUCCAGAAAAGAGUUUGUAAUCUGCAAUGACUGCUUUUUCUUCCACAAGAUGAUUAUCUGCAGGUGUAUACCAUACUUUGAGGAAUCACAGGCUAUUACACAAGAUUGUUGGAGAAAUUUCAGGAAGGGACCAACAAGCAAAAUGUGAAACAAGGCUUAUUUUGAUACCCGAAACCUGUGGAGGAUUUUGAAUCGUGAUAUGCUAUUUAGGAUUUGAGAAGACCCUAAAAGUGAAAAUUGUCUAUGUUGGUAGUCCCAUGUUGCAUUUUGCAUCUAUUGUACCUAAUUACUAAGGGUGUUUUACUUGUUUUUUUUAUAUCUUUAAUGUUGUCUAUCUUACUUAAUCGAAAUGAGAGCCAGCUUUGGCUCUUUGAAACUUACAUCCUCUCCAUUCUGAGUCCUCCCUUACUGAUAAUCCAUCAAAAGAUGAAGCAGAACAAAAGAGAGAGAGAGAGAGAGAGAGAGAGAGAGAAAGAGAGAGAGAGAGG